CCACGCCUACGUGCAAUGCAAAGAUGGCUGACUAGAAACGGCCCAUAUAGGCAGCUGUAUGCUGUAUCUGGGUGCAAGGUGUACUGUUGUAGAAGAGUGUUUCCUGCUGAGAAUGUCUCGGACAUCAUCUCUAUUGAUCUUGGCAUAAAGAACCUUGCCUGGGUGCAUAUCGAUAGAAAUUUACACAUAAAAGACUGGCAUUUGAGUGAACUAGGAAAAAUGAAACCUUACAAGCCAUUUCAUCUCUUUCAAUUGGUGGAGGAAUUUGUGGACCACCUACCGAGCACUGAUGCUAUUGUCUUGGAACUUCAGUAUCAUCGUCCCAGCAAACUUGGUGUAGGGAUGAAUUUACGAUGUCUUGAAGCAAUGCUAUAUGGGUAUCUUGGUCGGGUUUACCCCGUUUUGUCAAUCAGUUCCAGGACGGUGCAGGGUCUGUUUCAUUUACCAACAGGAAGGGAGAAGAAAAGAGAAUCAACCAGACUUGUACAGGACAUGCUAAAUGGAGAUAAAGUGACUGGCAAGUCAUGGCAGGAAACUGAUAGGAAACUGUUUGUAUCAGAAUAUCUGUCUGCAAUGUUCAGGGAGUCAACAAAAAAGGAUGAUCUAGCAGACUGUCUUCUGCUAGCAUUAGCAUUUUUUCACUUAACAAAGAAAGUGACAUAAGAUCUCAUAUCAUGUACCAGUAUAAUAUCUUUACUAUGAGAUUGUUAUUGGGUAAAUCUUUCAUAUUGGGUAAAUCUUUCAU